AUGCUGCUGAGCGCGGAUGACAACCUCGCUGCAUUUCAGCUGGUCGAGGUUUUGCUCAGUGCAGUGAUGCCGAGAUUGAUGUUCAAUCCCAACCUCCUUGGGAUUCCGACUCUUGAAUGGGCACUGAUGCAAGUUGAUAUGACCUUGAGCCAAUGCAAUGCGGCAGCUUGGGUGAUUAAGAAGAGCCUGAACCUCCACAGUCGUUUGCAGGGCCGAUCGAAGACCCGACGGGAUGAUGAAGUUCAGGAACUGUUCGAUUGCAUCAUUAGUGGCAGCUUUCCUGUCGGUGUUCCGAAUGACAUAGCCCUCACAAAGGCAUCGAUAGGCAAGGCUCCGGUUCGCAAGAGAUUGCGAUUGAAUACAAAGACAACCCCUAUCAUCCCGAGCCCAGCCACGACUCCAAGCCCAGCUACGACUCCAAGCCCAGCUACGAAUACUUCUGGCACCUCGGAGACUGCGGCCCAAGACGUGACGGUGGCUGAGGUUAGUGUUGGUUGCUGUGAGCUUCCGGCAGAGGGUGAGGUUAGUGUUGCUGGCUGUGAGCUUCCGCCAGAAGACAUGCCUGUUGACUGCGAUGCAGAGGGUGAGGUUAGUGUUCCCGGCUGUGAGCUUCCGCCCGAAGACAUGCCCGUCGACCGCAAUGCAGAGGGUGAGGUUAGUGUUCCCGGCUCAGAGGCAUUGGGACAGGUUCCUUCAGCCCUUUUUGAGGGCGACGGUGUACUUCGUAUGGUGGACCUGGUGUCUGAGAGUGAGGAAGAGCAAGGUUCGAGAGAUCAGGGUUCGACCGUGGAGCCGACUACGAUUGCGCCGACGAAAGCAGAUGUGGAAGCUGCACGGGCCAACUCGUCGCAGACUGUGCGAGGUGCAGAGAUUGUUUUGUUAUCGAUUGGGCCCGAGGAUUCCUUCAUUGAGAUUGGCGACAGCGACAACGAGGUCAUGGGCGAUGAUGCUCCCCCGAGCACCUCCACUGAUGACGUGGAGCCACGGGACUCGAGUGCCAAGGUCGAGCCGGUUGGUGCUGGUGUUGCAAGCUUGGCUGCACCUGUGGCCACGGAAAGGGUUGCAGCAAAAGCUGUGCCUGCGGCUGCGACAGGGUUGGCGGGUGAGCCGUUGGAUCCUGUCGUUGUCGCAAGAUAUGACAAGUUCUGGUCCAAGUAUGUUUGCAAAGAUGGUGAUAUUUGGAAGAAUGUAGAUGGACCCGAGGAUGAGGAAAGCAAGGCCAAGCUGAGAAGCUUGGGCCUGUGGCGGCCAAACUUGGCUCUUGACCUUUCUAAGACCGGUGCUGAGGGCGAGGAUGCAGGAUUUUUGGCCAGGUCACAGCAGCGACAGUUGAAACAGAAGAAAACCGAUGCAAACAAAGCUGCAGCUGACAAAGAUGAUGAGAUGAUGCCUGCAAAGGAGACGGAUGCAAUCGUGCCAGCUUCAGCCCCCGGCUCUGAGAAGGAUCCGAUUGACACACUCGCAGUGGCCCCUUGCUCGGAGAAGAAGCAGGAUGAUGAGAACUUGAAGCGGAAGUGUAAGAAGCGGAAGACCAAGAAUGAUCCCGACUACAUUCCAUCCUUCGCUGGAAGACCCCGACCUAAGAGAGAGAGAACAAGAGCUGUGUGGGAGGCCUUGAGGGAUGCCUUUCACGCCAUCAUCCGCCCUCGCAUUGUGCAUCCUUCCUCGCACGAGGACAUGAGUGCCUGCUUGAUGUCAUGGCUUCGUGAUCCCUUUUGGAAGAAGGCAAAGCCUGUCUUGGACAUCAUGAUGGAGCCAGAGCCGAAGGAUCUCAUGAAGGCGGCCGGCGACGAAGCACACAGCUACCUGCUGGAGGUGGGGAGGACAUUUUGUGGGGUCUGCCAUGGGCGGCGAUUGGAGUUGGCAUGCCACGUGGCUCCCAAAGGCUUCUGGAAAGCCUUUCAAAGUCGAAGGACUCUAGCUGGCCUGGCUUGUUUAUACGUUCUUGCGAUUCCUGAAUGGUCUGUGGUGCAGACAGAUCGUUGCCGGCCCGUUUCGCAGAGGUCUUGUGCUGCCUGUGUUGCCAUUUAG